CAUGAAGCGGUGCUGGCGAGCAGCGCUUCACUCUCCGGGGCUCCGCCAGUGCAGCACCAGGCAGCUGGGGAAGAGGCUCCGCUCCGCUCCGCUAAAGCUGAAGGCUACUCCGGCUGAAUGAAGGGCUCCGUCCAUGCGGAGGCUAGCGCUGAUUCUGCUGCCCUGUGCUGUCGCCUUGCUGGUGCACUUGUGGUUGGCUCAACGACCUUCCUCCACCCCGCUGGACAGCGACACACGCUCGGAUGAAUCACCACCUUUCUAUGAAGUUUUGGUGGGCGUGCUAUCAGCCAGGCAUCAUUAUGAGCUGCGGCAGGCAAUAAGAGAGACCUGGCUUGGCUACCUGCAGGAUCACCCCCACUUCAAGCACAGAGUGGGGGUGAGGUUCAUCAUCGGCAAACAUGGGUGUCCCUUCCCGGAGGAGGACAGAGAAGACCCCUACUCCUGCACGCUGCUGAACAUCACCGCGCCAGUUGCAGAGCAGGAGGCAGAGAUAGAAAUCGUGACGGCGUCGGACCCCGCUGUGCUGGGGCCCUCUGAUGUGUCGGCCAUUGCCCUGGAUUUUAAGGUCCUCCACCCGGUGGUGAUCACCCGACUUGGAGUGUUCGCGAGAGGACCUGAGCUCCAGAGUAAUGUGACGGUCAAGCUUCUGCAGCUGGAUCAGGAGGAGGCGGUGGUGACUGCGCGCUUCAGUGCCAUCAGCACAGGGACGCUCGUAAAUGGGAUGUGGUACAAGCCAGUGGAGCAGUUCAUCCUGCCCAAGGGUUUCGAGGGGACGCUGGUGUGGGAGAGUUUGAGCUCUGAUGGGCUGACUGCCGCGGACUCUUCUGUGCUGCUCAACGACGGAGGCGGCGUGCUCAAGUUCUCCUCCAUUGCAGAGGGGAUCCUUCCACAUCGAAGUGCUCUUGGAUUUCCUGGUUUGGCGGGCGGAUUCAUGUUUACUAUCUACGACGUAGAUGGUCUCUCCGGCCUCCUGCGGGGUCGCCCGGCCAGGGUGGACCUCCACGUGUCCAGGCUUAGCCAGGAGGACGCCACCUUACAGCAGGAGAGCCGGCGGCAUGGAGACAUGGUGUUCGUGGACGUGGUGGACACCUACAGGAACGUGCCUUCCAAACUGCUGCAGUUCUAUAAAUGGUCCGUGGAAAACGCUGAUUUUCAUCUGCUCCUCAAGACGGAUGAUGAUUGUUACAUUGACAUGGACGCUGUUUUAACCAAGAUUGAACAGAAGGGACUCCGGCGCCGCAACUUCUGGUGGGGGAAUUUCAGGCAGAGCUGGGCGGUGGAUCGUAUCGGGAAGUGGCAGGAGCUUGAAUACGCGAGUCCAGCGUACCCGGCGUUCGCCUGCGGCUCCGGCUACGUGGUGUCCCGGGACCUGAUCCAGUGGUUGGCCAGCAAUGCCGAGAAUCUGAAGGCCUACCAGGGAGAAGAUGUAAGCAUGGGCAUCUGGAUGGCUGCUGUCGGACCUCAGAAGUACCAGGACUCUGGCUGGCUCUGCGAGAAAGAGUGCUUCCUGGACAUGUUGUCGUCUCCCCAACACACCGCCGAGGAGCUGCACCUCCUCUGGGACAGGAAGAAGGUCUGUGGGGACCCGUGUGGAUGUCCUUGGGGACACUGACUGAGAACACACACACUGGCUGUCGCUUCUCAACCCAAAUACGGAUGUUUACUAGGUUUAUGAGUUAUAUAAUCUAGACUUGUUUGAUGAGUACAAACACAUUGUCCCUCCUGUUCAGGUUUAAUAAUUUAGGAUGAAAACAUCUCUCAAUGUUAAAUCGUCUUAAAAGAUCUGCUUAGACAGUUUGGCGCAUUACAGUCACGGAAAUCCUUCUGCCCUGUGUGAUUGCUUUUCCAAAUCCAAUUGAGAAUCAAGUAUGAUUUUUUUUCUUUUUUUUAAAUGGCUGUAUGGUUAGUUUUCAAUUUCUCUUGUCGACUUUAGUCAUGUGUACAGAUGAUUUGUGUGAAGAAAGAGGCUGUGGAUGUGUCCUUGUGUUUUGGAGUGACAGUGUUAAACUCUUUAAUUCUGCUUAAAAAAAACCUUUACAUCCUGACCUCCAGUCCGUCGGCGCUCCACUUCUAUGCCACUGCAGGCUAAACAAGCCAGAUGGUGCGUUCACUGGCCUUGAUUUCUGGCAUCUAAUGACGCUAAAGAUCACAGCUCCUUACUUUUUAGCUGCAUGAACAGAUUUUAUAUGUCAUAUUUACUCUGUUGACUAAGAGUCAUCGCCCUGAAACAAGUCUGAAAGAAGCAAACAUUUCCAAACAAAUGUUUUAUGAGGAGUCUAAUUUUUUAUUGUGAAUAAUAUGAUCAUGUCAAAGAAAAGAGGUGUAUGUCAUGUGACCAUAUUGCAAUGUGUCCCUGCAGGUCUUGUUUCAACGUAGUGGUAUUUAAAUGGUACGGAAGCACUGAAAGUUAGCCACCUUAUCUUGUAAUGACAUGCCUAAAGUCUUGAUAAUACCACUGAUAUUUUUGUUGACAUGAAGACCUCAUUCAAUUGUUAGAUAUCUCAUACAUUUUCUUGCCUUUCUUGUUGUUGUACACAUCUUGGCGUAGCAUUAAAGUAAUGUCAUUACCUUAAAAUGAGGUUGGGUCGUGGGGGCAGCAGUUGAUGAAGUGAAGAGGCAGAGGUUUCCACAUCUGGAGACACCCUGAGCUGGGAUUGGCUGCAGCCCCUCUUGGCCCAGUAGCCUCUAAAGAGCGUUUGAGAGUUAGUAGAGUGUUGCUUUUUGCCAUUUGAGGUAGGGAUUUCAAGAGACACCGCGAUCGUCUUCCCUCGCUGUCAAGGAGCAGUGACUCUACUUUAAGUCUCUCGAAGACACAGCAUAGUAACACUAUAGAAAAAUCAUACUUGCAACUUGUUCUCUCAAUUAUUACUGAAGGUAAGACUGUUCCAGGCUGACCCUUGCAUGACACCCGAGGUAGCUGGGAGAGACUCCAGCCUUCUGUCACACCAAUAAGGGAACAAGAGGAAGGGAACUAGUGAAUUUUUUAUAGGUUAACACUAUCUUAUAGUGGCAACUGGGAAGUUAGCUAAGUGUCACACUUGAGUAAAGACAAUUCUUUAGGUCUUCUUCUGCAUUUAUUAAUUCAUGCAUGAAAUGUCAUGUAAUUAUGAGAUAAGGUGGCAAAGACCUGUUCAUGGUGCCCUCAACCUUCGACCCAAGUUGCUCCUCCCUGCUUGAAAACUGACUAGUAAGUGUUGACAAAGAUUGAAAGACUGUCGGAAUGAAAGUGUUGAUUAUUGGUGUAAGACGAUCAAUGUGUGCACAAUCAGAUUAUGACUAUAAUAGCGGAUGUUAUUGAGCAUUAAGAGUUUAUAAAUCUCCUUUUUUAAGGACUUGACGCACGACUCUGCCAACAAGAGGCACUUCUUGGUUCUCUGGUGUGUUCCUUCUUGUUGUCUGCCUUCACCCUGCUCGUGUCGCUCGAAGCCUCACAGUCUGUACCAUUACUUGUCAUUGUGCGAAGGGUGACGUGGCCUUCUGUUCUCAUCAGGCGUCAAAUCACCACUGCUUUUAUGUGGACACAAUUGCAGCACAGAUUUUCGGGAGCCGGGCCUCGCAGUCUAGAUGACAGGUAAUAAAGAAAACACUUAAAGGCUUGGUGGGUUUUUGGUGCUAAUUUUUUCUAUUCCUCAGGAAUGUUCCAACUCAUGCUGCUGCACAUUGAUCUGUGGCUUUUAUAUAACCUCCUCCCCUCAAGCUGUUUAAAAAAAAAAAGGAAAACUUUCAGAACCCUCUUCUGCAGUUCGACUGUUCAUUAUUGAGACUGGCAAGAAAUCGAAAAGUUCCAAAUCCUUCCGUGGUGAGUCGAUGCUGGCGUGAAGCUCCAGAGGUUUGCUGACCACUUGACCUUAAAAGAUGGUUGAGCGCCCUCCAGGCUUAAUCCUCUUGAGCAGAUGUGUCGUUGUCGGUAAGUGUUUCCUCACAACUCGGCACACAGGUGAGACGGCACACAAGUCAUAAGGGGCUGUGAGGUUUUGGCCGUCUGAGAAACCAGUUAUAUAUAUAUAUAUAUAUAUAUAUAUAUAUAAAUAUAUAUACACCUGUUUUAAUUGAUAGUGAUGGGUAAAUGAGGCAUCAUAAAGCGUGUCGACACAAUGACACACUGUGCUGAUACUGUGUCACUGAAUACUGACAGCUGCUGGACAUUUAAAAAUCCCUGCAGGCAACCGACUUAACAGACUGAAUUUACUCUGCUUUAAUGACCCUACUGUAUAUAAUAUCAUUUAAGUCUUUGCUUUCAUUAUUAUUAGUAUCUUUAAGUAAUGUGAACAUGUAUGGUAAUGUGGAAAAACACAAAAAUGAUAAGAAUAAGGAUGCUUGUGGACUCCUUGUUUUUACAAUUUUUUUACUUCAAAAAUAAAGUUUUUCCAAUCUUUUUAGUUUUUCCAAAUGAAAUUAUACCUUGAAAUUCAUUUGAAUCAGAAUGGAACAAGACAAGUCGAAAAUCUGAGACAAACUAAGUAAAUAUUGAAAAUAAUAUUCUCCGACAGGAGAUGAAAAUGGUCCCACACGGCAGACAACUGCCGUUUCCCCAGGAGCUGCUUCCUAGAUCCACAAAGACGUUCACAAGGAACCGUGAUGUUGGAUUGUUUCAGCAGUUGCAUCCUAUUGACAGAUGCGCUUCCUUAUAAACACAGUUCGGCGUGGGAGGUCUGCCUCUCUCAGCCAGGACUAACUGACCUUGAUAAGUGGGAGGGGCUGCGUCCGUGUCCCGGCCUGUCCACCUGCAUUAAACAUGAGCCACCGUCAGAAUCUUGUAAAACGGCCAUAUUUAAUUUUAAUUAACUGUCAAGCGAUGUUACCUUCAGCUGUUGCAAAAUAACCCCCCCCCCCUCCUCUGCAGCGUUGUCUCAUCUUGAAUAUUGUAACGGCUGAACUGGGAUCAGUGAGUCACACGACUUUUAAUCGCCACUGAUCCAGAAUGCUUGAAGCCAAACUGAGACUCUGACAUGACUCCGGGUCACUUCGCCUUUCUCCUCAGGAGCUCACUGCUGAUUCGAAUACUUCUGCUUUGUUGUGGAAGCCAAAGACAUUUCAGAGGUGUCUGAAGACUGUGUCAUUGUGAAGGUCGAUCUCAAAGUUCUAGUCUCACACUUUGGUCCAUCGACUCCAUUUUGGCGUUUCCUUCAGACACCACCAGAGUUGUUGGCAACACUUUGAGAGUGAACCCGAGACAAACUGAGGGUGCAGUACAAAAAGAUUUGGGCAGCUUCGAUUCAUCUCCCCAUCACACAAAAAAAUACCUGCGAUGCCUUGAUAUGGUGCCUUCAUGUUUUAUUCUCUUGGAAGAGUCUGUUCAUAAUGAUUGAAAUUACUUUCCAGAGAGUGAACGAGCGGGCGGCUGCUGCUGCGUCUGGAAAUGUGUGAGAAUUUUGGAAUUAAUUCUGGAGGUGAAUUUAGGUCAAUCAAUUCAACUUGUAAAUUAAAGCAGAGAAUUAGCAGAGGCAGAAGGGAAAGUGAUGGAGAGGUUGAGCUGACGUCUCUCCGGUUUCCCUCUGGGGUUUGGCGUCUGUCAGGUUCUGACCAGAGAUAUGGCAAAGUGACCUCAUUAAAAACGGAAAUAGCUACGACUCUUUGCCUCACGGCAGAGGAAUCGAACCCUGGCUAGGAUCCUUCAUCUCCGUUUGCAUGAAACAGUAUUGCAGGGUUGGUGAAACGGUGUCCUCCACUAGAUGGCGCUCUUGGUUUAGAAAUGACGUGAGGUUCCUUUGUAUUACUUGUUGAAGUACAAACAUUUGACAGCAGGCAGUGCCACCUGGUGGCCUCUGAUGAUCAGGACACUGUUUCGUGAAGCUUCAUCAACCCUUCAGCACUGUGUCAUGAAGCCUCACAUACCAUCACUAUUUGCAGUAUUGACAGGAACAGGAUGAUAACUUUACCUGACUGUAGGUCACAUCCCAAUGGACCCAUAGUUCAAGAGUGUGAAUGACAUAUGAAAAGUGUGAAACACUCUUGCCUUGCAAAAUGGCUCAAAGCAAAACGUAAGGGAUCAGAAGGACCAUGUGCAUGGGACAAAAUGGUGUUAGUUUUCACUGAAGAGCAGCUUUUCUCUUGAACAAUGGCGUCAGAAGUAGGAUGGUCUAUAGAGGCAGCGUGACGGACCUGAUAGCUGGUGACGCAAGGAUGACAAGUCGUUUUCCUGACCUUAGCGCUGCGGAGCUUUGACUCUUAAAAUGUUAAUUUCUUGUGUCCCGCUCUAUUAUGCUCUGAUGCCGACAGACAUGCCUCGGUGCUUUAAUAAUUCGGUUAGCGCGUUGUCAUCCUGCCAAAAAAGAGGCUCAGUCCUGCAAUUAUACGUAAACGCUGCAGCACUCAUUUCCUCUCACCACGUUAUCCACUCAACAGGCCGCGUGUUAACAGAGUCGCAUCUGCAUCUGUUCCACUCUGCGACUCCGAUAAGGCCCGGCGUGCUGAUUUGGCCGGAAGCCCUUGGUGAUGGUGAGCCGUGUGAGAGGCAGUGAAAUAACACGCUGAUAAAAGAAAAAUAAGCUCCUUAGAUGUUGGUCCGCAAAUGAGCGCGUCUUCACUUGUUUCAUUUGUCUGAGUUUUGACGCUCGACUGGGACUGAUGGAGAUAAAGAUGAAGAUCUGAUUCGUUUCAUCUGACACCUUCUGUUUUUUUCCAUCCUUUUUCCAUCUUCGGUUCCUUGGUGCCCUUUAGCACGUGCACCUUCCUAGUGAAAGGAAGGAGUGCAAUUCCCCGAACUGAUUUCCACUCCGUUAAUAUUUGGCUAUAAAAGAACAAUCAUCCGUUUAAUGCUCACAGGAAGCAGGAGCCACUCCAGUUAAUUGUGUUUGUGAAAUCCUUCUCAUCUGGAGUCGCACCUUUUCCUCACACCUCGGGCGGAAAACUCAUUCACUUCUCGAAUACGCUUUCUCCGCCGUUUGUGCCGACAGUUGUCAACACAUCCUCCGUCCCGUGUGUAAUUAGCUGGGGAUGUUGUUGUGUUGUCAGAACACUCGGACUUGACUCAUCCUCCAGCUCAGUUUAUGCCUAAAAAGUGCUCAGCACCUGACGUGAAUCACUCAGCAGCAGGGGGUUUGUGAUGCUGCCGGAUCAAAGGUUACAUUCACAAGCAACAAAAGGUGAGUAAGAUGUUAGACCUCUGAAGUGUUGGUCAGUAGCUUUUGAAUUAUUAGUCUUCAAAUGUUAAGUUUAUGCUGUAACACUUUUCCUGCGUGUGUUGCCUGAGUCCUGUUGUUCAGCUAGUUAGCUCCAUCAUGUAGCUUGCUAGCUUUGUUGUUUAAUUGAACAGUUUGCUCUCCAGACAACAGGGAACCUUUGUUAGUGCAGGAGUUCCUGAUCCACUGGUCACACUGAUGCACAAGACACGUGGCAGCUAGGAUGAUAACAACAACAACAAACAUGGAGGAGUCCCUGAACAAAAGCAAACAAAAGCAUCUGUUUGCUCUUAUAAAAUUGAAAUUCUUAUACAAAUAUUUUCAAGACAUUAAAAGAGCUUUAGUUUAAAUAAGGUGAUUUAAAAACUUGAAUAUAGCCACCAUCGUGAUUUACUGUGCUGUUGUCAUUGUGUUGUUUAAAUGUAUGUAUGGGUCCAUCUUUUGAUUCAGUAAUAUACCAAUUCAUUCAAAUUGAAAAAUGUGGCAAAUAUACCAUUAAACUACGAUGAAUUGAGAUUAUUUUUUUAAUUGAAUCCCACCCCUAAUA